AUGCCGGUUCAGUUCAAUUCUGAGCUGGUCUCCUCAAUCUGGGAUGAUGAAGCUGGGAAGUGGCGCCUUGAAAUCCGGCAACAGAAUAGCUCCGACGUCAUUAAAGACGAAGCCGACAUAUUAAUCAAUGCAACUGGCUUCCUCAGCAAGUGGAAUUGGCCCACAAUCGCGGGUUUGGACAAAUUUAAAGGAACGCUCAUGCCCACCGCCGCUUGGGACACGAACCUUGACUGGUCAGGCAAGAAAGUCGGUAUCAUCGGCAAUGGAUCUUCAGCAGUGCAGUUGCUUCCUCAGAUGCAGCCCACGGAAGCCAAGAUUGUCAAUUUUGUCCGAAAUCCUCUUUGGGUAUCAAGUGCGUUUGUCUCUGAAUUCACGCCGGAAGGAAAAAACUUUACCUAUACGGAUGAAGAGAUUCAGUCUUUCAACGACAGUCCUGAAAAGAUCCUCAAGCUAAGAAAGGAAAUUGAACAUUCAAUGAAUAAACUUUUUCAACUAUUAAUCAAGGGCAGUCCUGAACAGGUAGCGGCGUUCAGAAUAUUCAAGGGUAGGAUGGAGAAGGCUCUCAACCAUGACCCUAACCUAUGCGCCAAGCUUAUUCCAACCUUCGAAGUGGGAUGCCGCCGGCUAACGCCCGGUGAUAACUAUCUAGAAGCUUUACAGAUGGACAACGUCACGCUUGAGUUUGACCCCAUCAAGGAAGUUACUGAACGCGACAUCCUUACUAUGUCCAAGAGCCACGAUUUUGACAUUAUUGUCUGUGCAACUGGAUUCGACGUGAGCUUCCGCCCUGGGUGGAAAGUCAUAGGUAGGAAUGGUGCUUUACUAGUAGAGCAAUGGAAGGAUGCCCCCGAGGCCUACUUCGGCGUUAUGGCUGUCAACAUGCCGAAUUUCUUCACAAUCAACGGGCCCAAUACCCCGUUGGCGAACGGAAGCAUCAUAGCUGCCAUGGAUUUCACGGUAGAUUACAUCGCGAGGUGGAUCCGCAAGAUAUCGACUCAGGAUAUUAAGUCUAUCCAAGUCCGGCAGGAUGCGCUGGAUGAUUACAACACUUAUGUCCAGGAGUCGGCGAAAAGGACAGUAUUCACAGGGAACUGCAGAUCUUGGUUCAAGAAUGACAAAGUGACAGUCAUGUACCCUGGCAGUGUGAUACAUUUCCAGGAAAUGCUGGAAGGCUUUAGGACAGAGGACUUUGAGUUUGAGUAUACUGUCAAGAAUCGUUUCCAGUUUAUGGGCAGUGGUUUCACAUUUAGAGAAACCAAAGAUGAGGAUCUGGCGUGGUACAUGCAAAAGUAG